CCAGGAACUAGCAGCCAUUGCGUGUCAGCUGGCGACACACCCAGAACUUGUACCCUCAUACCAACUACGACUGUACCCAUUUUCCUUGGAGCGUUCGGCCCUACUGGCGUCGAUGCAGCACGAAGAGCAGCAUGCACUCGAGUGCGUGCAGCAGGCUUACGAAGAAGAGCGCGAACGCGUCGAAGAGGAGUGGAAACGCGGUAGGGAGAGAAUCAAGGAGCGGCUGCUCGAAGGCAUCGAGGAACGGCGCAGACGCGCGAGGGAAGACAAGGAGGGCGAAGGAACGUCUGCAGACGCCACACUCGACUCGCAAUCGCGUCCACAUAUCACGCGCAAGCUGCGAAACAAAUUAGGUGGGACAUCCCCACCGCCGACACCGCUGGCCUCAGGCACGCCUGGUGGCGGCAUAUCAUCUAUCACCUCUGGCCCCAUAACCUCUGGUCCAUUCCUGAACCCACACUCGCUUUCGGUUGACGAGCUGCCUUCACCAUUCCCGCUGCCACUAACGUCGGCUCAUUUAAACGCCGGCGCGGGGACGAAUGGAACGAACAAUAGGCGGCGUGCGAAGGGUGGCGGACGCGAAGCGCAAGCCGUUGGCGGCUUGGGUAAGAGCUUGCAGCUACUGACAGGCUGCAAAGAGUCGGAGACAGAUCAGGACCUUGGAGAGAUCAGACGAACGAAGAAGCGCAGGGUCGCUGCUGGUGGCACUGCAAAGGUUUAGUAUUUAAUGCCUCCUUUAGGAUUUCUCGUUUAGUAUUUUAAUGCUUUGGUGCUGUAUACCAUCACUGUAUUCAUUACAUGGGAACCGGCAACUGUUCGCUUGCGAGCGCAAAUAUUGCUGGUUACGAACUCUUCCGCCAGCAUCUCGAAGCGAUCCGCGAUGGAAAGGCGACCCCUCCUUCGAUUAGCAAUCAUGGUCUGCUGAGCUGCACAUCUUCGUGUGAACCACGGAGGCCGAGAACGCAACAACCCGUCAUCUCGCCGGCGACUCAAUUGCUUGCGUCCGGGGACGAGUACGACGGGAGCGUGCGUACGGGAGCGACUCAGAAGGCGAUAGGGACCAGAUGAAUGCGCGUGUGUUCGGCGUGCGGUACCUGAGCGGUGUUCUCUGUGAUCGCCAGCCCGACCUGCGUUGCAGCCCUUACACCAUCGGGGCGCGUGUUCGAAAUCGAAACAGAGUCGUGCAUCGCACCCGCAGGGCCCUCGCCCGCAUGCGGGGAGAGAGGGCCAAUAUUGUUCGCAGAUCCGGGCGAGAGAUAACGAUGGGAAAGAAGCUCGCCCCUCCGCUCGUCUCGCGGUCGCGGC